CAACAAAGGGCAAACUCCGCUCGCUCGGGCUGCUCUGUGAUGAAACAUCGAGCCAACCCUCCGGUUCCCUCCUGCUGCAUGACGCACGGAGCCCAGCCAGUCAGCUCGGCUCGGCUCGGCUCAGCUCAGCUCGGAACCGUCCAGAGCAACAUGCAGGAUGGCGAGUGUGGAGACAGCCGCCGAACACGAGCGUAUCCUGCGGGAGAUCGAGAGUACAGACACCAACUGUAUCGGGCCGACCCUCCGGUCGGUGUACGACGGUCAGGAGCAUGGCCUCUUCAUGGAGAAGCUGGACGCUCGGAUCAGAAACCACGACCGAGAGAUCGAGAAGAUGUGUAACCAUCACUUCCAGGGGUUUGUGGACUCCAUCACAGAGCUGCUCAAAGUACGAGGGGAGGCGCAGAAACUGAAGAGUCAGGUGACCGACACCAACAGGCGUCUUCAGGAUGAUGGCAAAGACCUCACCGGCUCGAUGGAGGAGCUGAUACAGUGUCGAGUGCAACAGAGAAACAUCGCGACAACCAUCGACAAACUGACGCACUGCCUGCCGGUCCUGGAGAUGUACAGCAGACUUCAGGAGCAGAUGAGGGCCAAAAGGUACUACCCAGCGCUGAGGACGUUGGAGCAACUGGAGCAGACGUGUCUUCCCAGGGCUGGUGAAUACCGGUUCUGCUCCAUCAUGGCGGAAAACAUCCCCAAACUGAGGACACAGAUCCGGGACACGGCCAUGACUCAGCUGCGAGACUUCCUGGAGAGCAUCCGGAAGCACUCUGACAAGAUAGGAGAGACCGCCAUCAAACAGGCCCAGCUGCAGCGCUCAUUGGACAGCUCCGUCUCCACGCAGCCCAGGGCCCUGUUGGGCCGACGCAGCAGAAAGGACGCAAUGGCGGCGACAUUGGCGGGCACAGACAGCGGCGGACAGGGUGGCAGUCCGGUGUCAGAACAGGACUCUGGCAUCUUGGAUGUGGAGGAUGAAGAGGAGGAGGAGGAGGAAGUCCCGGGAGCUCAUGACUUGGUGGACUUCUCUCCGGUUUAUCGCUGUCUGCAUAUCUACACUGUGCUGGGUUUGCGUGAUGUGUUUGAGAACUACUACAGAAAGCAGAGGAGGAAACAGGCUCGCCUUGUGCUGCAGCCCCACUCUAACAUGCAUGAAACUCUGGAGGGAUACCGGCGGUACUUCAAUCAGAUUGUUGGCUUCUUUGUUGUGGAGGAUCACAUCCUUCACACCACGCAGGGUUUGGUCAACAGAGCGUACGUGGAGGAACUUUGGGAGCUGGCGCUGUCCAAAAUCGUUGCUGCCCUGAGGACGCACUCUUCGUACUGUGACAACCCUGACUUGGUGCUGGAUCUGAAGAACCUCAUUGUCCUUUUUGCUGAUACGCUGCAGGGUUAUGGUUUCCCUGUGUCACAGCUGUUCGACAUGCUGCUGGAGAUGAGGGAUCAGUACGGAGAAAUCCUACUCAAGAGAUGGAACAUCACCUUCAGGCAGGUGUUGGACCAGGACAACUACAGUCCAAUCCCAGUCUCAACAGAGGAGGAGUUCAGACACUACACUUCCCAGUUUCCUCUGCAAGACCCCGAAUUAGAAAAGCUUCCUUUCCCCAAGAAGCUUCCCUUCUCCGAGUUUGUGCCAAAAGUCUACUGCCAGCUCAAAGAGUUCAUCUACGCCUGUCUGAAAUACUCUGAAGACCUGCACCUCAGUUCCACGGAGGUAGACGAUAUGAUCCGCAAGUCGACCAAUCUGUUGUUGACCAGAACCCUCAGCCACUGUCUGCAGUACGCCAUUAAGAAGAAGAAUGUCGGGCUGGCAGAGUUGGUGCAGGUGAUCAUAAACACCACCCACCUUGAGCAGAGCUGCCACUUCCUGGAGGAGUUCAUUUCAAACAUCACAAACGUUCCACCUGACACAGUGAAUGCGACCAAGCUGUACGGCACCUCCACCUUUAAGGACGCCCGUCACGCCGCCGAGGCCGAGAUCUACACCAGCCUGAACGCCAAGAUCGACCAGUUCCUGCAGCUGGCUGACUACGAUUGGAUGGCGGCGGUGCACGAAGGCAGGACUCUGGAGCCGAGCGACUACCUGAUUGACCUGAUCGCUUUCCUGAAGAGCACCUUCAGCGUGUUCACCAACCUGCCUGGUAAAGUGGCCCAGACGGCCUGCAUGUCGGCCUGUAAACACAUCUCCACCUCCCUGAUGCAGCUCCUGCUCGACCCCGAGGUCAGACAGAUCUCCAUGGGAGCUCUGCACCAGCUCUACACCGACGUCAAGGAGUGCGAGAGUUUUGCCAGAGCCGGCCCGGUCGCAGGCUUCCAGGGUGACACGUUGCUUCUGGCCUUCAGUGACUUGAGACAAUUGCUGGACCUGUUCACACAGUGGGAUUGGUCGACCUACCUGGCUGAUUACGGCAAACCCACCUGCAAAUACCUGAGAGUCAACCCGCACACUGCACUGGCCCUGCUAGAGAAGAUGAAGGAGACGAGCAGGAAGAACAACGUCUUCGCCCAGUUCAAGAAGACGGAGCGAGACCGACAGAAACUCAUCGACACCGUCAUCAAACAGCUGCGCAACCUCAUCGCGCAGCACCACACCUAAGACGAGCCACCAUCACCAAACCACGUCGGAAAAAACAAACACCUGCUGACUGAUCUACGCACCUUAAACUUCACCAGACUCUUCCAACAACCAACCAAGGCCAGUUCCUAUUGGUCUAAACCUGCAGCAAGCUCACUGAUUGGAUAACAAACUCAUGCUGUUCAAUCUCAUUGGUUAAUUUAAGGAAUAACUGACAUAACUGGAAUCAUGUUGACAGCUGCACUGAUCCACUUCCGAGUAUCAGGCCUCACAUAUUCGUUACUCCCUGAUUGAAGACGGGAUUAAUCUUUAAAAACAUUUAGAUGUUGUCCAGUUCAAUUUUCUGCCCUAGAUCUAAACUAAGAAGUGAAAUCAGCUGAGGAAAAAGAAGUAUCGGUUCCCUUAAGACUUAAGACGGGAAGUCACCAAAAGUUAAAGGGUAACCAUGGUGAUAGUCUGUAUUUUUCUUGUUGCCAACAAAUUUCAUGAGAAAACCGCUCGCCUCUUUUGUAAAAGUCAGUAAGGAACUAAUGACCUCGAGGGCCACAGAGACAAACAAGCCGUUCCGUCGCGUUAGAAAAGGUCGAUGGGAAACGGCAAAAUUUCAAUUUCGCGACAAAGCUUUUACGCUCGCUGCUCGCGGUGAUGUUCGUCUUGUUGUGCAGAAGAGUUAAAGCUCUUUAAUCGAGAUGGAAACACGUUUUUUUUCUUCUGACGUAGCAACAUGACCGAUCAGCUGACCGAUCUAUUCAGUUGAGCUUCGACUCAAUAAAGCAACAAGAUGACUUAAUCAUGUCAUUGGUUUAUCUUGUGAACCGACUCCCGUGAGAUUCGCGUUAACGGUAGCAGUAGAAACAAGCGUUAAUUUGUGAUACAUCUGGAUUGAGAGACGUCUAUUGUUAGUUUUGUGGGAUUUGUUGACGAACAAGAUAAAUGUAGAAGAUCACCAACUCCGUCCUUGAUCUUGUUCUUAAAAUACAACUUUGAUCCGGGAGAUCUCUGACCUCUGGAGAACAAGAAAAUUAAAAUUAUCAUACACAAGAUGGCAAAACAGUGAGGAAAAACAGUGACAACCACCUGUUAAUAAAUCUAAAAAUGCAGAUCUUCCAUCUUCCGGUUGUUGCUGGAUGCUUGACAUAUUUUCAGGUCCACAUGGUGGGAACACGUCUUGAUGGUAGAUGCCAUCAGGGAAUUGCGUGUGUGGAAAUCUUUGAGAGAUUGUAUUCUUUGUACCACAAGCUUCCUGAUUUCCUAAAAAAUCUUGACCUGGCUUCUUCCAGUCUGUCGCCGCCGCAAACGAACCUUUAGUGUCUUCCACAUCGCAUUGAAUGUACGUCGUUUUUUGAUUCGUCGGCCAGAAAAGCACUGAAUUCAAGACCCAAUGAACAGAAUGUUACUUCACUUACAGUGUCAUAGUGCAACCCCCCCCUUUCCUCGUCUCUUAAAACAUACAACCUGCGAACACUUGAACGAGCGACGCUGCUCAGAUCCGGUAACUUUUACGCCCUCUUCGGAAGCACGGUGGGUGCUUGGGAUUUGUUGUCUAAACGUGGCGACCCAAUCCUCCUCUUAUAGUAAAACUUGAUCAUAUUCGACCAUGGGAGGGGGAGGGGGGUGUUGCCUGAGCAUUUUCUACUCUUCAUGUAUAAAUAACUGGGUCUUAAAAAAAAAAAAAGGGGGAGAGGGGAUAACAACCCCAAAUCUGGCAACCGCUACAAAGUGUACAGUGUUGUUGGUUGCCUGCCUGGUUGACUAGAAAGGAACUAAUUUGUAUAGAAACCAUUGUACUAAUGAUGCCAAGCGCACACACACACAUUUUAUGUCUUCCAUAUGCCAAGUUGUGUGUGUGUGUGUGUGUGUCUGUGUGUGUAUUUUGGCUACUUGUACACACACACACACAAAUGUUUGUUUAGUAGAAGCACAUAAUUACAUUCACACUAGAUUAUUUUUGGAACUAUCAUGGGUCUUUUCGCUCUGUUUGUGUUGCUUUUUUUUUUUUUUUCUUGAACUUGGGUGCAAUAAUAGCAUUGGAAACUGCAGCAUUGUGUGUGUGUGUGUGUGUGUGUUAAUUAUGGCGCUUUAUAAAGAAAAAAAAGGGAUUCAAACCUACGGUGUGUGUCUGACGGGAGCCUUCUGUUCGAGUCGUCGCGUUGGAUGUAUCGAGCGAUGUGUGUGUGUGUUUGUGAGUCUGCGUUCACUCGUGCAUGCCGGCACUGUGAAACAAAGUGUGUGAAUUUAUGCUGUCGUGUGUUUUUCAUUCAUCCUUAGCUGUGUCAUGUUUUUUUUAGGUGUUAGUAAGGGAAUCGGGCCGUUGUUAUUGAAUGUGCCUUUGCUGUAUUUUGUUGUUUUGUUUUGUUUUUCCUGCCAAUGAAGCAGCAACACUGCGGUGUUAAGAGUCUGGACACGGUUAACUGAACGUCCACACAAAUAAAAAAAGUCUUAACUCAAAGUCCACUUGGUAGCUUUCAACACUUUCCUGGAGGUUUUACCUUUUUCCUGCAGUAACAUUCAUUUAUUCAAAGUCAAAAUGACGGCCGAUAACAAUUUACAACCUGUCAAUGUGAAAUUAAAGCAGAUAAAAUGAACUUUCACGUUGAAAUUAGAGACGUUUUCUCGGUCCGUAUCUUAGAAUUCGAUGCACUUUUGUUAAGAAACACGUACUCAACCAAUUAAAAACAUUAGUUGCUUCUUGCUUCUUCAAACUGACAACCCUCCAGCGAAACCGAACAUCUAUGUAACGUUCGUUCUCCACACUUGUCGGCGUCCAGACUCUUCACACACCGCUUCAUGUUGUCGCUUUUUGUUUUUGUAUUGUAUUUUGUAAGCAGGAGUCUUUGCUGAGACAGAAGCACUGUACACGCUGUUGUAUUAAACCACUAAUGAAAUGAAACUUAAAAAGUAAAAUACUAAUACAUUUGCAACAAAUGCCAACAGAUGAAUAUGGAAUAAAUGGAAUAAAACUGUUGA